CACGAGCCCUGUUACUCGAUAUUGCGCAGAGCAAAAUGGUGACGGACUCUCAGGGCAGCCGGGAGAUGGCCGUCAAGGCACGCAGCGCCUCGCGGGCGCUGCAGGCGCUGCGUUCUGAGGACCGGGUGGCGAUCCUGAACCGCAUUGCCGACUCCCUGGAGCAGCACGAGCAGCAGAUCAUGGCAGAGAAUGCGGUGGACGUGGCGGCGGCGGGCGGCACCAUCAGCGACUCGCUGCUGCAGCGCCUGGUGCUCAAGCCCAACAAAAUCCACCAGCUGGCAGACGGCAUCCGCGCGAUAGCCAAGCAGGAGGAGCCGGUGGGCCGCCUGCUGAGCAGGCUGGAGGUAGCGGAGGGGCUGGUGCUGGACAAGGUCACCUCCCCCAUCGGCGUGCUGCUCAUCAAGGGCGGCAAGGAGGCCACCCGCUCCAACGCCCUGCUGCACCAGCUGAUUGUGGACGCGGUGGCGGAGGUGGCGCCCGGCGUGGGGCGGGACCUGAUCGGCCUGGUGACCAGCCGCCACGAGAUUGACGAGCUGCUGAAGCUGCACGACGUCAUAGACCUGGUCAUUCCCCGCGGCUCCAACCAGCUGGUCAGUUACAUCCAGGCGCACACCAAGAUACCGGUGCUGGGCCACGCCGACGGCAUCUGCCACAUCUACGUCGACACGGCGGCAGACCCCGCCAAGGCGCGCCGCGUCUGCCUGGACGCAAAGGUGGACUACCCGGCGGCAUGCAACGCAGUGGAGAAGAUCUUGGUGCACGACAGCCUGGUGGGGGAGCAGCUCAACUCGCUUGUCAAGGCGCUGCAGGAUGCGGGCGUGACCGUGCACGGCGGCGAGCGUGCUGCGGCGGCGCUGGGCCUGCCGCCCGCCCCCUCUGUGCGGCACGAGUACAGCAGCCUGGAUGUGACGGUGGAGCUAGUGGGGGGGCUGGGAGAGGCGAUCGACCACAUCCACACCCACGGCAGCGGGCACACAGAGUGCAUCGUCACGGAGGACCAGGCGGCGGCUGACGACUUCCUGCGGCGGGUGGACAGCGCAUGCGUGUUCCACAACGCCAGCACCCGCUUCAGCGAUGGCUACCGCUUCGGCCUGGGGGCGGAGGUGGGCAUCAGCACGGCGCGCAUCCACGCCCGCGGCCCGGUGGGCGUGGAGGGCCUGCUGACCACCCGCUACCUCAUGCGCGGCACGGGGCAGGCGGUGGAGAAGGACAAGGGGGUGCAGUACACCUUCAAGCCGCUGCCGCUCAGCUGAGCCGCGGGUGGGCUGGGUGCGGCGGCGGCGCGACCCUGCAACACCCUGCAACGCCGCACAACGAUUUUGCCUUGGGGAGAGCAUUGUUACAGCACGGUAGGAGCUUAGUCAUUUAUGUUAUGCGAUCGCAUU